GACAUGGAAAAAGAUGCAAGACCCAAUUGGGACAACCCCAUGCAGUUUGUGCUGGCAUGUGUAUCAUAUGCAGUCGGACUCGGAAACGUGUGGCGAUUUCCAUACCUCUGUCAAAUGCACGGUGGAGGUGGGUUCUUGAUUCCAUACCUCAUCAUGCUGUUUCUGGAGGGUAUUCCCUUAUUCUACCUGGAGCUUGCCAUUGGUCAGAAGAUGAGUCUAGGCAGCAUUGGGGCAUGGACUGCCAUCAGCCCUUAUUUGGGAGGAGUGGGUCUUGCUAGUGUUGUGACAUCCCUCUAUCUGUGUCUGUAUUACAACAUCAUCAAUGCAUGGAGUUUCUGGUACCUCUUUCAUUCAUUUCAAUCUGUUCUACCCUGGGCCGAUUGCCCUAUCAAUUCCAACUGGACAGGACCUAUAGAGGAGUGUGAGAGGGCUACACCCACCCAGUACUUCUUCUACAGGGAAACACUCGACAUCUCUUCUUCUAUUGAAGAGAAUGGAGGCAUUCAUAGAGGUCAGGCACUGUGCCUCCUGCUUGCCUGGGUGAUUACUUAUCUGUUCAUUGUCCGGGGAGUAAAGUCAACCGGAAAGGUGGUGUACUUCACAGCCACAUUUCCAUAUGUUGUCCUCUUUAUCUACCUUAUCCGGGGCAUCACUCUUCAUGGUGCCAUCAAUGGUGUCACGUACAUGUUCACACCCAAGAUGGAACAGCUUGCCAACCCUACUACAUGGAUCAAUGCGGCCACUCAGAUCUUUUUCUCUCUGGGUUUGGGUUUUGGGUCACUCAUAGCUUUUGCCAGCUACAACCAGUACAACAACAACUUUGAGCGCCAGGCCAUCAUUGUUUCCCUGAUCAACAGUGGAACCUCCAUCUUUGCCAGCAUAGUGACCUUUGCCAUCUAUGGGUUCAAGGCCACUGUCAACUACGAGAACUGUCUAGAGAGGACACGCUUACUGCUGUUGAAUGCCUUUAAUCUAGCAGAAGACAGUAUCACCAUGGACAAUGUCUUUGAGUGGACUGAGAAACUGAACACAACAAACCCGCAGCAGUUUGCUGAAAUCGCCAACAAACUGGAAAAAUGUGACCUGGAAAGUGAACUAGACACCGCAGUAGAGGGGACAGGUUUGGCCUUCAUAGUGUACAGUGAGGCCAUUAAGAAUAUGCCAUUGUCCCAGCUGUGGUCAGUGCUGUACUUCGUCAUGCUACUGCUGUUGGGAAUGGGCAGCAUGCUUGGCAAUGUCACAGCCAUUAUCACCCCACUACGAGACUUCAAAGUUGUGUCCAACAUAAGCAAUGAGUUGUUAAACGGUUUAGUGUGUUUGUUCUGUCUUCUGCUUGGCCUUGGCUUCACCACCCCAUCAGGGAAUUACUGGUUUACCAUAUUCAACGACUAUGGAGCCACAUUCUCCCUGCUGUUCAUUGUCCUCAUUGAAGUCUUGAGUGUCAGUUACAUCUAUGGAAUUAAAAGGUUUGAAAAAGAUAUAGAAGACAUGCUCGGCCAUCGUCCCAACUGGUACUGGAAAAUCAUGUGGGCAGGAGCCAGUCCCCUUCUCCUUAUAGCCCUCUUCAUAUUCUACAUUGUCACCUACAUCCAGGGAGGAACACCCACCUACCAAGCAUGGGACAAAGAGCUGGGUAAGUCAGUGGUGACGGAGUAUCCUGUCUUUGGUCAACUCUUCAUCGGGCUGCUGUUGGUGUCAUCAGUCAGCUGUGUUCCUCUCACAGCUCUUUAUGUCUACUGCAGGAAGAGGAAACAUGGAAAACAUCAUAAGAGACAGCGUACUGUCAACACAGUAUCCGCUUAG